AUGAAAACCAACUGGUCUGGGUUCAGGUCGCCUCACGCCGCGCUUUCUCCAGCCGGUGUUGGUGCUGGGAGCGGUGGCCGCCCUUGCUCCCGAGGGGCCCGCCCGUUCCGCCACCUGGGCGGACCCUGCGAGGUUCGGGUUUGCGGCUCUGGAGGGGUUUUGGAAAGCGUUGGUGCCCCGCUGCCGUCUGGCUGCUCGUCUUUCAGACUGCUCCUUCUCUCGCUAAGCCGCGUGUCUUCAGGUCAGGCCUGCAGGCGAGAAGAACCGAAGUUGGUGCUUACGGCAUGUGGUAACGCUUGGAAAACUUUCGUCCGAGAAAGAAUCACAGAAUGUUCGGGCUCCGCUGUCACCUUCCCGUUGUUGCAGGGACAUGCUCGUGGCCUAACAGCAGAGUUGUGUUACGCCUCGUCCCGGGAACACAGGGUUGCAGCAGCCAGUGGUCACACCGUGGUGUGCCUAACAGCAGAGUUGUGUUACGCCUCGUCCCGGGAACACAGGGUUGCAGCAGCCAGUGGUCACACCGUGGUGUUAGUAGACCAGUCAGAUGAAAUCCUUAAAAAGUCUACAAAAGGAAUUGAAGAGAGUUUGAAGAGAGUGAUAAAGAAGAAAUUUGCAGAUAAGCCUGAGGCUGGUGCUGAGUUCGUUGAGAAGACCUUAAAGAACCUCACAACAAGCACUGAUGCAGUAGCGGUGGUCCACAGCACAGAUCUGGUGAUAGAAGCCAUUGUGGAGAACCAGGAAGUUAAAAAUGAACUCUUCAAGAGGCUGGAUAAGUUUGCUCCAGAGUAUACGAUAUUUGCAAGCAACACUUCAUCCUUGCAAAUCACGCAGUUGGCCAACUCAACCACCAGACAGGACCGAUUUGGUGGUCUCCAUUUCUUCAAUCCUGUGCCUAUGAUGAAGCUUGUGGAGGUCAUCAAGACUCCAAUGACCAGCCAAAAGACUUUUGAAUCGCUUCUGGAUUUCAGUAAAGCAGUAGGAAAGAGUCCUGUCAGUUGUAAGGAUACUCCAGGGUUCAUUGUAAACCGUCUCUUGGUGCCAUAUAUGAUGGAAGCUGUUCGACUUUUUGAGAGAGGAGAUGCAUCAAAGGAAGAUAUUGAUGUUGCUAUGAAGCUUGGGGCUGGCUAUCCCAUGGGUCCAUUUGAACUGCUGGACUAUGUUGGGUUGGAUACCAGUAAAUAUAUUGUAGAUGGAUGGCAUUCAUUAGAGCCUGACAAUCCUCUUUUUGCACCCAGCCCACUCCUGAAUAAACUAGUAGAAGAGAAGAAGCUGGGUAGGAAGACUGGAGAAGGAUUUUACAACUACAAAUGAACUCCAAACCUCAAGAGGUGUUAAACUAUCUGUGUAUGCUAUUCAGCAUUGCCUUAUUACAGGUGAAUUCUGUUUGAACCUUCCAAAGGAUGGCACAAGCUGCAUUUAGAACAUAACCCACCUCUGAACGGAGUGAUUGCACUAGUUAACUAUUUCUCUGCUGAAAGCUUGAUUUGGUAGAUUAUUUUUCUUGUAAUCUGAGUAGCUUUAUAUGUACAGUGCCUUCAUGCAGGUGUUGAUUUUUAAGGUGCAGGACAGAAUGACAAUUGAAUUUAUGUAUUUGAAGCAUUAUUAUAUUAAUGGGAAAAAUCCUAAAAAUAACCGCACUUUCUUAAAAAUAAAAUUUUAAACAACUCU